AUGGUGGUGCUUUGUUUUCUGAGCAGAACACUGCAACUAGCAAGACGUUCAUCCAGUCCACUGGGGAGACAACUCUCUUCAGCCCGUGCAAAUAAGCCAGUGUUGACUUUAUUCACCAAGAAACCAUGCCCCCUAUGUGAUGAAGCAAAAGAAGUACUUGAGCCAUAUAAGAGAAGGUUUAUUUUGCAGGAGGUGGAUAUUACCCUUCCAGAGAACUCAGCGUGGUAUGAUAAAUACAAAUAUGACAUACCUGUUUUUCAUUUAAAUGGGAAGUUCCUAAUGAAGCAUCAAGUAGACAUUCAAAAGUUUGAGGACCAGCUUAUGAAGCUGGAGUUGCAAAAUGAUGCAAAACAGUGA